AUGAUCGAUCUUGACUGCACACUGACGAUGAUGAUGAGUGACGUGCACGCAGAUAUCGCGAGAAGGUUUGACUGUGUGCAUGCAGAAGCCUCAUGGAGUGUUACCCCCGUGGUUACCGACUUAUGGAAGCGGAUCCUACUCAAGAGCGAUAUCACAAGCGCGAGAGAGAAGACAGCAAUGAAAAUAUGGCCACCGACAGUCGCGCGACGGGAGGACCUGGUGGCUACGGAGAGACGAGGCUUGGUGGUUCACGACGAUUGGGUCUCGUGGGAUGUCUACCGCAAGGACUACGAAAGGCGAGCUUUGACGCUUCUAGCGAAAAAGGCGACGGAGAAUAUCGCAACCCCGAAACAAGCAGCUACUAAGCUCCAGAAAUAG